UUGGUCGUAUACACCAUACGCGACGGGAGUGGAGUUUCGCGCGCGCCAGUAUCUGUGUAGCUACGAAAGCCGCGCACCGCCACCGCCGUCACCCUAGUGUGUUUAUCGCAUAUCUCGGUUUAUGUGAUCUCAUAGGAACUCAUCUUCUAACUGGCUAAUUGAUAAUAAAAAUAGAAAUGUCUGAAGGGUCAGCACCAGACACCGUGGAGCAGGUGACUCAGGAGGUGAAGGACGUCAAGCUAGAAAACGGGACAGCACCGGGAGCAGCCAACGGAACGCCCGCUAAGAACGAUGACAAUGCUAUACCGUUUAAGGACGCUUUUAAAGCAUUUUCCAAGUUCGGAGAUCCAAAAUCAGAUGGUAAACAAAUUACACUCUCUCAAAGUGACAAGUGGAUGAAACAAGCUAAAGUGAUAGAUGGAAAGAAGAUAACGACCACAGAUACAGCUAUACACUUUAAGAAGCUCAAGUCUCUGAAAGUCGGUAUUGAUGACUAUCAAAAAUUCCUCGAUGAUUUGGCAAAGAGUAAAAAGGUAGAACUCGAUGAAAUAAAGAGGAAGUUGACCACCUGUGGACAGCCUGGAGUGUCGUCACACGUUACAAAGUCACCAGCUGCUGCGGCUGCAGUUGACCGGUUGACGGACACCAGCAAGUACACUGGUUCUCACAAACAACGCUUCGAUGAGACCGGAAAGGGGAAAGGCAUCGCUGGCAGAAAGGACCUAGUGGAUGGUUCAGGUUACGUCAGCGGCUACCAACACAAGGACACUUACGACAAAUCUCAUUAGUUACGAAUGGGAAGCGUUCUUGUACAAGUUUAUUAGGCCAUUGUGUCUGGAGGCAUUACUGCUAUUUUAAAUAUACGUAUUGUAAAACAAUGAAGACCUAAACACAAUAAAUGUUAAGAUUUCACUCCAUUGCUUGGUUCCAGAUUAUCUUGUACUGUAAAAUCAAAAUGCAUAGAUUUGAUCCCUUAGCUAAUUUGUAUGAAUCGGAAAUCGUAUCGCUUCUUUUCGUAAACAAACCGUUGCCUGCUAAGAUCUUAGAUCGUUGAUCAACGGAUUCAAAAUUGAGACCUCUAAUGUGAUUUCAAUUGCACUGAUUGUGGGUAGCUAAUGCAUUUAUGAUUAUCAAAUUUAAAUUAAUACCUACCUACCUAUAUGCAAAUUAUAUUAUUCGUUCAAGGGAACAGUGGGGUCGAUUCAGAAGCGCCAUUUUCCAAACCUAUCUUUAAAAUUAAAACUUCAAUUUGAUAUAACAGCGGAAUCUUUAUUCUAAGGACCAAUAUAAAUUAAAUUUCUAAUAGAUCUAAGUCUAAUAUAUUAUAAGUUUUAUUUAUGAUGGUCCAUAAAAUAGUAAUUCGCGAAAUUAUCAGAUUAAAAUAUUAGGUAAGGAGAAUCCACCCUACUAACAACAAAUUUUCAAGUCUUUUAUCCUUAAAUACAAACAAAUAAUUUAAAGAAUGAAUUUUAGCUUUGUAUGUUGUGCAGCAAUGACAUUCCUUCUAUGUAGAUUUUUAAUAUUUAUAUGUAUAAAUUUAGCGAAGUAAGAUUCCGAUAUUUUUGCAUUACAACUUUUAUGUAUUAACAGGAGUAAGUUACAAUAAAAUUGUCUAGUCGUGAACAAAGUACCUAAGUAAAAUUGGAUCCAUAAUACGAUAAAUAUUGAAUGCAAUUUUUUUAAUUAUGAGUAUGUACCUUUACAAGCGUGUACAUAGGUACAGGGUACAUAUGUUUAAAAAUCAUUAUAUAUAUCUACGUUAUAGGUAACGUAUCAGUGUUAUUAGAUAAUUUGGUUAAAAACAAGAUGUGAAUCAUAUUUUAUUGUAUUAUAUAUUUUUAUAUUAAUAGUAAUUAAUUAGAAAGUAAUAAUCUGUUUUAAUUCACUAUGAAUUGUGUUCUAAAUAAGAUGCACAGUUUAACUUAUACGAUGUUGGUUUUUGAAAUACCAAUGUUUUAUCUCAAACGCAAAACAAAAUCUAAUACAAGUACCUCAUUAUUUUGUUGUGUACCUAAUAAAUAAUAAAAA